AUGGUGGAUGUAUGGCGAGCUCACCACCCGGGGGACAAAGACUAUUCGUUUUACUCAGCCCCCCAUGGAACGUACUCGAGGAUAAACCUCUUCUUGGCUAACGCAUUGGGCAUGUCUCAAAUAGUGGGGUCAAUGGUGGGUAACAUAUCUUGGUCAGACCACGCAGACAUGUCUAUCACAUUGGGCAACCUAUGUGUAGCAUCUCCAUGGACAUGGAGACUGAACAUGUCUUUGCUACGGGACCCGGAGUUAAAAGAACAGAUUCAGAAAGAGAUAAUAGAGUACUUCAACUUGAACAUCACCCCGGAGGUGAACGGUGGUGAGAGGGACCCUGAUCAAAUUGGCCACCAGAAGGAAGAAAAUGAAACAUCAGAAACUGGAGACCCUACUGGGACAACUGAGAACCCUCGAACAGAAACACCAAACUGCGUCAGAUGA